CUUCACUCUUUCUUUCUUGAUCAACAGAAUUACCAAUCAAAUUCAACUCUUUAACAUUCUUUUUCUUUAAAGAAUAAAGCUUUCUUCUUCAAUGGCUUCCCAAGCGACUCUCCUUCUCCAAAAGCAACUCAAAGAUCUUUGCAAGAACCCGGUUGAUGGAUUCUCAGCGGGGCUGGUUGAUGAAAACAAUGUUUUUGAAUGGAAUGUUACAAUUAUGGGGCCCCCAGAUACACUCUAUGAAGGGGGGUGCUUCAAUGCCAUCAUGAAAUUUCCAGAAGAUUACCCAGUAAACCCUCCAACAGUAAGGUUUAUCUCGGAGAUGUGGCAUCCUAAUGUUUUCCGUAGUGGAAACGUUUGCAUAUCAAUUCUUCAUCCCCCUGGUGAUGAUCCAGAUGGCUAUGAGCUUGCAUCAGAACGCUGGAAUCCACUCCACACGGUUCAGAGUAUAGUUUUGAGCAUCAUAUCAAUGCUCUCUAGCCCUAAUGAUGAAUCCCCUGCCAACGUCGAUGCUGCGAUCGAUUGGAGGGAGAAUAUGGAGGAGUUUAAGCAGAAAGUCAAGCGCUGUGUGAAAAAGUCACAAGAUCUGCUAUAACUGCUCCAAGUAUAUCAAACCAUGUAGAAUACCUAUAUUUCUGUCAAUCAACAGUAACUCUUCUCUUUUUUUUUUUUUUUGUCCAUAUCUACAAGCUAACUAGUGCCAGCUGAAGAAUAUAGACUGAAUUUUGGUUGAAAUCAAAGCACCAUUUCAUAAA